AAAUUUGUUUAUUCAAAGUUGAAACAACCAUUUGACUAAACGAGCGGUGAGUCAAUUGACCGGAGAAGCAUUUCCCUCUACUCACCUCACAGAAGCGAGCUAUGGCGAGAGGCGGGAACCAGAAAAACGCCCGAUCAACAACGGCGGAGCAACCAAAUCCUGAAGCAGAAGAACGCCGAAGGCUCAGCCAACUCGCAUUUUCAGAAAAACUACUCUCUCAGGCUCCAGCCAAAGCUUCUUCACUCGCUCUCAACCCUUCCAAAACAGUCACCAAACACCACGGCAGAGACAUACUUCGCAAAUCUAACCGCAAGAACCGCUUUCUCUUUUCCUUUCCCGGUUUAAUUGCUCCGGUUUCCGGUGGUAAGAUCGGCGACCUCAAAAACCUCGGCUCCAAAAACCCUAUCCUCUACCUUGAUUUCCCCCAGGGUAGGAUGAAGUUGUUUGGGACAAUUGUUUAUCCCAAGAACAGGUACUUGACUUUGCAGUUCUCGAAAGGCGGGAAGAACGUAAUGUGUGAAGAUUACUUUGAUAACAUGAUUGUAUUUUCGGAUGCAUGGUGGAUUGGAAGCAAGGAAGAGAAUCCCGAAGAACUUCAACUCAGCUUUCCAGAAAACAUGAAUACGGGGCAGCAAAGCGAACCUGAUUUUCAAGGUGGUGCAGGUUCAACGAGUGAAAGAGUUCAAGAUGUAAACCAAACUGCAGUCAAACAUCAGUCUCCUAUACGUGAGUUUUCGGACAGUGAAAGUGAUCCGAAAGAUUUGAUUCAAACAACUGCAACUAGGCAGUCCGCAAGAACUUCUAGAAAAUCAUACAAGUUUGCAGAAUCUUCUUCUGCAGAUGAUGCUUUUGAUUUGGAUGCUAACACUGAAUCCUCUGAUGGGGAAGAUAAGGAAAUUGGUGCUAGUUUAAUCAGUGGCAAUAAGGAUGAAACAGAAAUAGAAGUGACUAAAGUUUCUGAAAUGAACAAAUCAGCAACAAAAGCGAAAGAGGGUUCUCAAAGUUCUCUUGUUCAGGCCACUAUAUCCACAUUAUUUAAGAAAAAGGAGGAAAAGAUGGCAAUAAACACAGCACCUCCUCCAUCCUCAUCAAAAGUUUCUAGAAAAAGAUUGCAGGUGCCAUCUUUAGAAGAUAAGGUUGACCAAAGCAAAGUAAAAACACCAAGGCAAAAGGGAAAAACAGUUAAAGAAGGAAAACCUGGUACAAAAUCUACCCCAAGGAAGAAAAAGCCCAAGGUUUCUGAUGAUGAAAUUGAAGAGAUAUCAGAUGACUCAUCACAGGAUUCGAGUGAUGAAGAUUGGGGUGCUUAAUCCGCUUCAAGGAGAGAUCUCGAUGUACUUUUUAAAUCUUUAGUUCCUGUAUGUUUUUGGUUUAAUUAACAUAAUUUGAAUUUAAUUUUUACAUGGCUGUUAUAAUUUUUUUACAAAAAAAACAUGUUAAUCUUUACUAAAGCAAAAAAAUGUGUUAAGACGUAUUUGUAACCUGAUUUUUAUGACAAAUAAUAUAUGUGUACGUCAUAAAUCAAACGUUUGGCUGA